CGAACGCCAGCGAGCCGCCGCGAUCGAGCGCACCUUGCUUGCAUCCUGCGAGAACCGUGCGCGCGAACCGCCUUUGUUAUUGUUGUGCCGCGCGGGGAGAUAAUUUUCAAAAGCGAGGUGUUACGACACGCGAGUGAAUAAAUAAAUAAAUACUUCUCACCUACUUAGCGCACGAUAACAAGUUGAAUAUAGUGCAUCGCCAAGUUCACGCCGCUGACAAACACAACAGGACGAAAUACACAUUUGUGUAAUAUUCAAGUGUUUUCAUGUUUAUCUCUAAUAUUAAAAUAAAAUAUUGACGCAUGUGAGUGCAGAUGGGAAUGUAAACAAACAACACACAGAAAAUAAUUUUGUCCCCGAAGGACAAACUUAUUCGUAUGACUUUAUAAUCCUAACCUAACGUAAUUACAUUUUAUUCGUAUUUAAAUAAAUUAGUGUAUAAGGUGUGUAGAAAUAAAACAAUGCCACUCCUUGUAAGGAUCAACCGCAAUUAAGGAUUAGGGAUUAAUUUCGACAGGAUUACGGCAUAAGGAUUACUAAUACGCCGCACUGUCCUAAGGUCGCGACGUUGUAACGCCGUAACGUUGCAACCAAUCGAUAGCAGGAUACGAGGACACCACGCAGGAUACUACAAGUGUUUACAUAGUGAUAAAAUCAGUUUUUGGACAAUAUUCAUCUAUUAUCUACCAGUUAUAAAAAUGUCAUCAGAAGAAGAAAUAUUCCUGUUUCGUCGCAAUCGUUUGCAGCGUUGGAUGCUUACAUAACCUCAACGCGACGCCAUUUGACAGAAACGAGUGCAUUUCGUGCAAGUACUGCACUGCACCUGCACACGCAAUCAACCGACAACGAAUGCUUGUAUGAGAUCACUAUUGUACCCAGUUAAGCGACAAUAUCAAGUAAACUAACAACAACCGAUGCUUCAGCGCCAGCAGCAUCAUGAGUAUUCGAUUAUUCACAAGAAGAAGAGGAAAAUGCGGCGCGCCGGGAUGUUUACUGAUAAGCGUCUUCUUUUGCACGUUGAUUGUGUCUGCCACCGACGAUGUAGCCUUCAGCAGCGUGCAGGCCGAUGUCGUCGGCGAUGUUUGGACAAAAUGUCUUUCCAACAACACCAAACCACCCGUUCAAAGACACUUCCUCGUCGACAAUAUAACAGUGCUGACGUUGGAGGUAUCCGAACGCAUCACACACCAACUGUUCACGCACAUUUUCCGCAUAAUUCUACAAGAAAAGCUCGGAUAUGCGCAAGUUAGAAUAGCUGAGUACCACGACUACGAUGCGUUCGACAUUACAGAGAGAAUGGACUGCCUCGUACAGGACGAGGACAAAAAUACAAUACCGAAAGUGCCCACGUCGAUGAUAAACGUCGCGGUGCCCGUGCCUCCUGAUUUUACGGACCCCUCGCAUUGUAGUAAGGAGCUCGGCACGAUCGCGCCACCGGAGUAUUUCGGCUGGUUCAUUCCCGUGCAGUACGAGCAAAUCAUGCGCAAAUGGGAUUCGAACUGGUCGAACGACUCCAUGAACGUUCCGUGGAGCUAUUUCAAGGACCCUAAAUUUGCCAGGGGUUUUCAACUCAGCGCUGCCGAUAAAAAAUAUCUCAAGGAUAAAAAUUAUAUAAUUCAGUGUAAAGAUACAAAAUGCAUUAAUGGCCAGUACAUUCCGGACUGGUGUAGGGAUAAUUACUGUGCUACGAUAAUCGCCCCCGAUUUCAAAUCCACCAGCGUCAUUAUAGAACACAUCAAUGAAAUGCGAGUUUACGUCAGCGUCAUCUGGGUGGGUCAAAAUAUUGAAACCGUCGCAAAUUACCUCUCGCGACGCUCCGUAGGCACAGGAUAUCUUAUUAUGAGCUGGACGCCUAGUGAUGUCGUUUUUGAUGUAGAGCGCUUUUUCUCCGUCUCAAUGAAACGCUGCGACUAUAAGAGUACACAAACGUCGGGUUGUUUCUAUGAGAAAAAACGGCUAGCAAAGUUUGCAUGGCAAGAAAUUCAAAAAGGCAAAGAAAAUCAUAUUUUUGACUUAUUGGGAGCGAUGAAUUUGCUGGAUGGCCAAUACAAAGAUCUUCUCAACUUUUACAACAUCAAUCGCAGGGCGAAGUCGAUUCCAGACAUGGCUUGUGACUGGGUUCAGAGCAAUAUGAAAUUGAUCAAUACAGAAUGGCUGGAAAGGAUUGACGAGGUGAAAAAGAUCAACAUAGGUGGAAUAUUUCCAAUUACGGGCUCUGCGUAUACCGGAAGAGGAAUAGUCAAAGGCGCCCAAAUGGCCGUUGAUGCUGUGAACAGAGCACAGAUACUACCGCCCGACAUGAAACUGAAUCUAUUGGUAGCCGAUGGUGCUUGCCGAGCAGAUAAAGUAAUGAGGGCUUUUAUCGACUAUAUUACGAACGAUCAGUUUCCCAACUUGAUUGGGGUGUUGGGGCCAGCCUGCAGUGACACCGUUGAACCACUAGCGGGAAUUUCAAAGUACUACAAGACUAUCACGAUCAGUUACAGUGCUGAAGGCGGGUUGUUUUCGGACAGGGAUAAAUAUCCGUACUUUUUGCGCACGAUCGGAGAAAAUCAACAUUAUAAACAUGUGUAUUUGAAGUUUUUAAACGCGUUGGGGUGGAAACGGGUGGCUGCAUUGACUGAAGAUGGACAGAAGUACACUGAAUACAUAAGUCAUAUGCAAAGCAUGCUUGAAAAUGAGGGGAUUAAAUUUAUUUCGAAUGAAAAAUUUCCGCGUGACCGAGAUAAGGAUGCUAUUACAAAGCGAUUAGAAAAGUUAAAACAAGACAACGCUCGCAUCAUUAUAGCUGAUGUGUUUGAUGAGAUAGCAAGAAAUGUAAUGUGUGAAGCAUACAAAUUACAAAUGACCGCAAAAGAAGGUUAUGUAUGGUUCCUACCAACAUGGCUGAACUAUACCUGGUAUGAUACGACCUAUUUCAAUCAACAUCUCAACGAAAGCGUAAAUUGCACCACUGCCACAAUGAAGGAAGCGAUCAACGGAUAUUUUGCCAUGGCGCAUGCGUAUUUUGGUAACGACGAGGAUAUGAUGCAGGAAAACAUUACCGUACGCGACUGGAAGGCAAGAUACAUGCUCGACAAACAGUACAACUCCACAUCGAAUUACUCAGGGUACGCCUACGACGCUGUUUGGGUUUAUGCGUAUGCGUUGCAGAAAUUGUUAAAGCAGGAUCCCGAAGCGAUCGAUCAAUUACACUCAAGCAACAAUACAAAUAAAUUAGUUGAUAUCAUCAAACAUCUAGAUUUUAAUGGCGUGUCUGGCGAAAUAAAAUUCCGCGGUGGGUCCACCCGAUUUUCGGUUAUCAACGUCAUGCAAUGGUACAAUGGGAACACACACAUCGUAAGCCGCUUCUUCCCGAACAUUUCUGAUGCCGAGGGUAAAAUCAUCGACGGCAAACUCGAGCUGAACAAGAGCGCGAUUAUUUGGUUGAGUAAUUCUCAACCGGCUGAUGGACCACCGGCUGAUCCAUGUACUCUACAACUUGUUGCGGAUCUUCUCAAUGUUUCCUGUCAGACCUCAUUGGUUAUUGCUAAUAUUGUUAGUGUAUUUGUCGUCUUGCUCAUCCUCGGCUGUAUUAUCUAUUACACCGUUAAGCGUAAUUACGACAAAAAGAUGUCUACCACCAAUGAUUACAUGAAGAGUCUUGGCUUGGAUCAUCUUUUGAGUGUUCCCUACACUGGUCUGGAUGGCUGGGAGGUGCCCAAAGAGAAUGUGGUGCUUAAUCGUAAACUUGGUGAGGGUGCAUUUGGUACGGUUCAUGGUGGCGAAGCAUUACUUCAGGAUGUUGGCUGGACGGGUGUUGCCGUAAAAACCUUGAAGACUGGUUCUACGACUGAAGAAAGACUUGACUUCCUAUCAGAAGCAGAGGUGAUGAAAAGAUUUGAUCACAAGAAUAUUGUAAAACUUUUGGGUGUGUGUACGAAAGAGGAACCAGUUUAUACCAUCAUGGAAUUCAUGUUGUACGGAGACCUCAAAACGUAUCUUCUCGGACGGAGGCAUUUGGUAAACAGCAAUGAAGAGUUGGAUGAUGUGUCUGCAAAAAGACUCACCAGCAUGGCUUUGGACGUGGCUAGAGGGCUGAGUUACUUGGCCUCAUUGAAAUAUGUCCAUAGAGAUAUCGCGUCUAGAAAUUGCUUGAUAAGUGAGCAGAAAGUCGUAAAGUUGUGUGAUUUUGGUAUGACGCGACCUGUAGCGAACUAUUACAAGUUUAAUCGCAAGGGAAUGCUACCUGUUAGAUGGAUGGCACCGGAAAGUUUGGCACUAGGAGUGUUUACUACAGCAUCUGAUGUUUGGAGCUACGGGGUAUUGUUGUACGAAGUUAUCACGUUCGGUAGUUUUCCAUAUCAGGCGAUGAGCAACACCGAGGUACUUGAAUACGUUAAAAAUGGACAUAGUCUAGCGAUCCCUCAAGGCGUUAAAGGACCUUUGGAAGCGUUGUUAACGCAUUGUUGGAAUCGUGAUCCGAAGGACCGUCCACCGGCGACGGAGAUUGUCGAAUAUCUGGCGGAUAACCCGCGUCUCAUCUCGCCCUGUUUGGACGUGCCGAUUUCUUCCGUCCAGACGGAGGACUCUGGUCCAUUGGACAUGAAUAUAGCAAGCAACUUCCGUAAGUGCUCGUCGUCGACCAGCUUCAAGAACCUGCCGAUGCACGUCAACGACGUUGAUCGCGGUGCUGGCGGCGGCAACCAGACGUGCCUCUCGCGGCAAUACACGCAGCGCUCACUCUCUGAGCCUGAUCAGUGCGACAGUGGCAUCUCCAUACAAAUGGAGAACUGUUGUCCAAAGGCACCGCUUCUGCCGCCGCGUUCGGACUCCAUCGCCGAAGUGAUGGCGGGUACUAAGUAUCAGAACUCUUCGCCGAAGCAUAUGCCCCCGCCCGACUCGCCGCCUAAGCGCGUCAUCGACGACGAUCACAAGGACUAUAUGCCGUACGAGUACAUCAACGGGCAUGCGAUUUCGAAAGUGUGAGUAAACGAGUAAUCGCGACGCCAAAAAGAGACUUUUCCCACGAAGCGUUAACGUCGCGAUUACGAUCUCUCACACUCUCCCGAACUGGAAGUAUAAUUCGUGCCAAAAAUUAGUAAACGCAACGCAACGGUUGCAUUUUACACCCUAGACACACAACUUUUAAAUAAUUUAAUUAAUACUUACAAUUUAUAUUUUUCUAUAAACGUAUAUUGGUACAUACAAUUUUUAUGAAUCACAUAACAUAGCGCACUGCAUAAAAUGAGUAAUUAAACCGCGAAUAAGACUGCAAACUACCUAUUAAUAUUUAUGACGUCGUUUAGCUUUUAAGCUCUAAAGUAAGCAGCAGGUACAUAAGAAAUUACACCUACACUAAAGAAUAUUGAUUAAGAUUUUAAAUGAAUUUAUUAUUUUUAGUCUAAUUUACUUUAAUUUUCCAAGCCAAAGAUUUUUAUGCCUGACACAUUAAUUAAAUUAUUCGGAACAUAUUGACCGGUAGAAUAUUACACAUGAACACUAUACAUUUAUAUGAAUCACAACAACGCAUUAUUUAUUGACUUCACUGCUCUUGUGGAACUCAAAGGACUUGUACAUUUCUCAUGAUCGGCAUGAAUGCGUAAACAAUAUUCUAAACUAUUUCAAUUUUUCAUAGCGGGUAUUUAAAGAACGUGUGUGGAUUGAUCUCACGAACAACGUAACUGUUUUCGUCGUUUGUCGAUUGCUAACGCGGAAUUAACAUUUUAAAACGUUUACCACCCAUCUGAAAAACACAAAAGACAUGUAUUAAAACUUUAUUCAUCUGCUCAGUCAUUUAUUUUUAUCAAUGUGGCAUCUAGUCUGAUAUCAUUAGUUAUUUUAUGGAUUAACUGAUUUUUAUUGCUACUGUGAAUGCUAUUAAAAACUCUGCAAUUUUUACACAAAUUUUGACCAAAAAUCAGGUUCUGAUUGGACUUUUGCAAAUUUUGGAGUAUUAUUUUUAGUAUAUGUAAAUGUUUAGUCAGAAUACAUCACAUUUUCAUUAUCGCAAGCGAACCAUGACAAUUUAAAGGAUAAAACAAAGAUACAAAAACCUAUGAAUCUACAUAGAUAAGUAAAUAUCAUUUAGCAAUGUGCGAUGUAUAUUAUUUUUUAUUGUUCCUUGUUGUAUAAACUAAUUGUAAGAGUUAAUUAAUUUGUAAGCGAUUGUAUUUAUAUUUAAUCACACAUCACGUCAACGCAAAACGACUAAAAUCAAAUUUGUUCCUGUAUAUUCUGAACUUUUUGACACAAAAACUAAGUUAUCAUGUAAGUUAAGUAACUAGUGUAUAUAGCUAACGAUUAUUUAUAUAGGAUACGAGUAUUUUUACGGCUAUUUUGUUAACUUAUUUUAAUUCGGCCGCAUUUGGGGCGUUGUGAACGCUUUGUAUAACGUUGCGUGUGAAUGUCGCAGUAGCAGCGAAAACAAACCGUUCGAACGCAGCAGCGCACCUUCGUGAAAGCCUUUCGAAACUUUUAUAUUCGUAAUAUAUCUACGUACGUAACGUGCAGCGUGUCUGAGCUGCAGACUCUACAAGACGAUGAUGUAAAUGAUAAAUGAUAAGACAUGCAUUUAGUACCUGAUUUACUGCGGCCGGCGGAAACGUAGCUGCAUGUAAACUUAGUUUUAAUGUUAAGCAAAUUUAGUCCAUAAGUCCUAACUGUACAGACCUGUAGUGUUAAAUCGGAGGCGGUUGCGUUCAAUGGUUGGUUUUCGCAGCGCUUUUUCUUUGGGCAGAGGGAACUAUUGAAUGUCGACAUGUAAUCAAUAAGUAUCCGAAUGAAUGUGUGUGCUCCUAAAAUGUAUUACAUUUUGAAAACAAUUUACUAUCAAUCGCUCUAAUUCUUAUAUGUCCACAAUUAAGCGAAACAUCAUUUAUAUUAUUUAUUCGAGAGGAUGAAGUUAUACUAACGACAGCAUUGCAUAUUUGAGCAUGGAAUUACUGUAAACGUCUAAUUAAAAUCAAAUAAUGUAAUUUUGAUUCUGUACUAUCAAAA